AUCAAUUUUUAAUUUCAUACACAAAUUCUCAACAAAGUCCGGUCCACGUCAACUUAAGUUAGUCAAAAAAUUUAAGAUAUAUGUAUAAUUUUUAAGAAAGUAUUUAGAUUAAAAAUUACACAAGAUCGAAGUUGGAAUUAUAGUUGUGAAAAAAGGGUGGCUCCAAAUGGCCAGGAACUUGCCACGUGGCAGUGGUAGAAGCCUAGAGAAGGUUUCCCAGUUGUUCCUCCAUGCUCAUCAUCAUCAUCAACCUUUCAACCAAAUCCUUUAUCGUCUCAACUCCUACAAUUCUCAAUUCAACAUGGACCAAUAUCCACAAGAGGGCGUGAAGGAUCAAGUGAGGAAGGAAGUUAACGAGGAACAGAAACCAUCAAAAUUUGUGUCGGAUUAUUUACUUCCUCAUAUUCUCAAUUUAUAUGCGUCGCGUGCAACUCCUAAAGAUUUUGAAAUUUAUGCGCAUAAUGCAACCUUCGAAGACCCCCUUAUGCGUGCACACGGUGUGAAGCAGAUUAAAUCAGCAUUCUACUCUCUUGCCAAGAUCUUCAGCGAGUCUAGAAUCGUGGACUACAGUAUCACGGAGAAGGAGACUUCACCUGGAAAGACAGAGAUACUAAUCGACAACAAACAAUAUUACAAGUUCAUGGGUAAAGACAUAAAUAUGAUAUCCCUCAUCAAGUUGGACACAGAGGAUGGCAAAGUUGUUGCUCAUCAAGACCGGUGGGACAAGAAGCCCUUGUGGGACCGGGAGACCGUUAAGGUGCCGCUCGUGGGCCACGUCAUCGAGGCGACACGACGGGCGUCCAUGCUGGCAACUCAUGCUCUCAUGAGCUUUGGGAAAGAUCCACCUACCUAAUUUUAUUUAAUUAAGUCACACACUUUAGUUUUAGAUAUAUACUCUACUCUGUUUCUAAGCAAUGCUGCUAGCUGCAUUGAAUCGAUACAUCUCUUGUACUGUAUGCUCAAACUAGGAGGCUUUAAUUAGCUACAAUUAAUUUAUGAUGUUUAAGCAAUCUUGUGAAAUAUUCUGGCUAUCAAAAGUGUUCUGUAUGAAAUUGCAAUUCUUUGUUCUA